GUGAUGGAAUAGCGAGUUUAGACAAGUUUGCGCCACAUCAUGCCCUGUGCGUUGAAAGUGUCAUUUGCCCUUUGCGCGGCACUGGCAUUCAUCGGUGUGGUUUGGUGCAGUCCUCUGCCGAUGGAAGAAUUCCAGUUCACGCCCCCCGUCGGCAUCUGGCAAACCCGGGAACGGCCCACUUCGACAGCCGGCAGCGGCUAUCGCAACGGACAUCGUUUGCGCUGGAGUCCCAGCAGCGGAUGGGCCACCGGACCUGGAAAGCGCUCCCCGGGAAAGGUCAUCGAGAUCCCGGAGGGACCGGAAACGGAUAAAGAGGGGCUGAUCCAACUGUGUGAUCUCCUGGAGCAAAUUUUCGUCGAGUUGACGGUUGUGUCAGAAGAGAUAAAAGAGCUGAACCAGGUUUGCGACGAUUUCCGUGGCAAUAUCAGCGUCGAAACGAAGGAAACGCAAUGAACCUGCGAAACCCUGGACAACCUCCGCGGGACAUACACUCAUCGUAGCUGCUUUCUUCUGUUGACCUGCUUGCUUGCAGAAUAACCAUGUAAUAACGGAAGCUGCGUGCAUGAAAUAUAUAAUAUUAUUGUAUGAAUAGUAUUACUUUUUAGUACCAGACUGUAUGUACAGGGGUGCCGGGCCAAGUUGGAACAACUGCGUGAAAUAAUGUAAUGUCUGAAAGAGUACUGUAUAUGAAAAAGUCCAUACCGAGGAGCGCGGUUGCCUGGAGCACCGAUGGCAUUAGGCAAGAUGUUGAUGUUAAAAACAAAAGUAGCGGAUGAAAGGAUAGGAAUUGCGCUACUGUCUGGU